AUGGUUUCUGGCAUUCAAACUGUUGAUACUAACCAUGAAGAUAUGAUACAUGAUGCUCAGUUGGACUACUAUGGAACAACUCUAGCAACAGCCUCGUCUGACCAUUCAGUUAAAAUAUUUGAUGUCCGUAACAAGAAACAAGUUCUUAUAGCUCAUUUACAAGAUCAUCAAGGACCUGUUUGGAGUUUAAGUUGGUCACAUCCUAUGUAUGGGAGUUUACUGGCCUCUUGCGGUUAUGAUCGUAAGGUGAUUAUCUGGCAAGAAAUCAAUGGACGAUGGGGAAAAAUCUUUGAAUAUUCUGAACAUGCUAGUUCAGUCAAUUGCGUUUGUUGGGCUCCUCAUUCUUAUGGACUAAUGCUAGCAUGUGCCAGUUCAGACGGGACAAUUUCCAUCCUUAUAUCAGACGAAACGAACUCUUGGCGUGCCUUUCGAAUCCCAGAGGCACACUCCGUUGGUGUUAAUAGCGUGUCUUGGGCACCCUCCAUAAAUGCUGAAUUUAUAUUCAAUCCGACGUUGGCAACAACAACAUCAACAAAUACUAUGAUUCCGCCUAUCAAAAGACUAGUUUCUGGUGGGUGUGAUUCUUUGAUUAAAAUAUGGCGUGAAGAUACUUCUUCUGGAAAUUCAGAAUGGAUCGAAGAAACUCGUCUAGAUGGUCAUACCGAUUGGGUACGUGAUGUUGCUUGGUGUCCAAGCUUAAAUAUUUCACGACAAUUAAUCGCUUCAUGUGGUCAAGAUGGAAGAUUAAUAAUUUGGCAGUCGGUAGCUAAUAAUGAUAAUAAUAAUGAAAAUCGUAUGAUGAAUCGAUCGACAGCAAUAAACGAUAAUAAUAAUAAUAACAAUAAUAAAAAUCCAAGUUCUAAUGAGUUAGUAGAAUCGAAAGAUUUUCAAUCAACACAAUAUUCUACAUUUUGGCGUCCAACCAUCUUAUAUACUUAUCCCGAUGUUGUUUGGAAUGUUUCAUGGUCUGUAACUGGGAAUAUUUUAGCGGUAUCAGGAGGAGAUAAUAAGGUUACACUUUGGAAGGAAAAUUUAGAAGGAACCUGGAUUGCUUUGAGUGAAAUUGCACGUGGUGCUCAUGAGGCAUCCGGUUUAAUUGGAACUGAAGGGAAUAGUCAAACGUCUGAUCAAUCUACCACACAAUUGGCUGCUGCUUAA